CCGAGAGAGCGAAAAAAAUGGCCAUGGUCCCGACAUGCUCCGUUUUGAUGUUUCGUCCUCUGGUGCACGCUGCGCUCUUCAUGUUCCUCGUCGUUCUUCCGAGCACUUCUAUCGCGGAUAACACGGGCACGACGAAACCGCCCCCGUGCUCAAGUGAGAUAUACUGCCACGGCGAUCUGCUGCACACGGUACAAAUGGCCGGCAUAUACAAGGACUCCAAGUACUUCGUCGAUAUGAAGAUGAAACGGUCGGCAAACGAGACGUUGGCGUCGUUCUCUGCCUUCAUGAAAAGCGUGAACAACGCGCCGAACAAGCACCAGGUGGAGAAGUUCGUCAACGACACAUUCGAGCAGCCAGGCUACGAGUUCGAGGAUUGGGACCCGGCCGACUGGACGGCCACUCCCAAGUUCCUGCAGAACAUCGAGGACGACGAACUGCGGAAGUUCGGCUCCGAUCUCAAUCACAUCUGGAAACUAUUGGGCAGAAAGAUGCGGAACGACGUGCGGAUUAACGAGCAGCUCUACUCGAUCAUCUACGUACCGCAUCCGGUGAUCGUGCCUGGCGGACGAUUCCGCGAGUUUUACUAUUGGGACUCGUACUGGAUCAUCAAAGGCCUGUUGUUGUCCGAAAUGCACAACACCGUUAAGGGCAUGCUGAACAAUUUCGUUAAGAUAGUGGAUAAGAUCGGUUUCAUACCAAAUGGCGGUAGAAUCUACUAUGCGAUGCGCUCGCAUCCACCACUGUUGAUACCUAUGGUAGACGAAUAUUUAAAGACCACCCACGACGACGCCUGGUUGAAGGAGAACCUCUGGUUGCUGGAGAAAGAGUUCAACUUCUGGAUGACCAACCGUACCGUGGAUAUUGAGAAAGAUGGGAUCAAUUAUACGCUUGCUAGGUAUUACGAAGAGUCAUCAGGUCCCCGACCGGAAUCCUAUAAGGAGGACUAUCUGACGAGCCAAAGUUUUCGAACUGCCGAAGAGAAGGACAAUUAUUAUUCGGAAUUGAAAACGGCGGCCGAGUCCGGAUGGGAUUUUUCCAGUCGAUGGUUCGUACACGAGGGUACCAACAAGGGUAAUCUAACAAAUCUCAAGACCAGAUCUAUAAUUCCGGUUGAUCUGAAUACCUUCUUACAUCGAAACGCUAUACUGCUGGCGCAGUACAAUCGUCAGAUGGGCAAUGAGACAAAGGCCGCAUAUUAUGAUGACUUGGCUGAGAAGUGGAAAGAGGCGAUCAAGAUGGUAUUGUGGCACGAGGAGGUGGGUGUCUGGUUGGACUACGAUAUAUUGAACGACAUCAAACGAGACUACUUCUAUCCGACUAACAUUUUGCCACUCUGGACGGACUGCUAUGACACUUCUAAGAGAACUGAAUACGUGUCGAAGGUGCUUAAGUAUCUCGAAAAGAAUCAGAUCAUGUUAAAUCAGGGCGGCAUACCGACGACAUUAGAACAUUCCGGUGAACAAUGGGACUAUCCCAAUGCCUGGCCGCCUCUCCAGUAUUUCUUCAUCAUGUCGUUGAAUAACACGGGCGACCCAUGGGCGCAGAGACUAGCCUACGAGAUUAGCCAGAGAUGGGUCCGUAGCAACUAUAAGGCUUUCAAUGAGACUCACAGCAUGUACGAAAAGUACGAUGCGACCGUCUCGGGUGGUCACGGUAGUGGAGGUGAGUACGAAGUACAACUUGGUUUCGGCUGGUCAAAUGGACUCGUAAUGUCAUUGCUGGAUAAGUAUGGUGACAGGUUGACCGCGGAGGAUUACUUUUCGGCAGACGUCGUGGUUGAGAAUGCGGCGUCUACAUCGUCAGUCAUUUCAUCAGCUGGUCAAAUGCUAGCCACGCUUUUAGUUAUCAUCAUAUCAUUAGCAGUAGGAUUUAUAGGGUGAGACAUCCAUGUGACCUAAAUCAGCUAGCAUAAAAUUCGCGAAAAGAUACAUUAGAAAGAUCGAUACGUAUCGAUCGAUGAUAGUAGAUACUUCCAGUCUUGAAGAAACAGAAAUUGAUCUAAAUAAUAUUUCCACUCUUCUUUCUCGCUCGUUUGAUUUGUAUGAUUUAAUAAUCGAACGAUCGAUGAAGAAAGCGUAAAACGGGUAUAAAAGGACCAAAUAGAAGCAAGUGCGGGCACUGUUCUUCUUAUAUUAUUGUAAGACACUCCAAGUGUGCGAGAGGGCCUCGAAAACAGCGUCAUUUUGAUUCUUUUGCCACACAUCCAAAGAAUAUUUUAUAAGCCACAGGAUAUAU